CAUGAGCGACAUCCGCCACUCGCUGCUGCGCCGCGACGCGCUGAGCGCCGCCAAGGAGGUGCUGUACCACCUGGACAUCUUCUUCAGCAGCCAGCUGCAGAGCGCGCCGCUGCCCAUCGUGGACAAGGGCUCCGUGGAGCUGCUCGAGGAGUUCGUGUUCCAGGUGCCCAAGGAGCGCGGCGCGCAGCCCAAGAGAUUGAAUUCACUGCAGGAGCUUCAGCUUCUUGAAAUCAUGUGCAAUUAUUUCCAGGAGCAAACCAAGGACUCUGUCCGGCAGAUUAUUUUCUCAUCCCUUUUCAGCCCUCAAGGGAACAAAGCUGAUGACAGCCGGAUGAGCUUGUUGGGAAAACUAGUCUCCAUGGCGGUAGCUGUGUGUCGCAUCCCAGUGUUAGAGUGUGCAGCCUCCUGGCUCCAGCGGACCCCCGUGGUGUACUGUGUGAGGUUAGCCAGGGCCCUUGUGGACGACUACUGCUGCUUGGUGCCAGGAUCCGUUCAGACCCUGAAGCAGAUAUUCAGUGCCAGUCCUCGCUUCUGCUGCCAGUUCAUAACCUCCGUCACUGCGCUUUAUGACCUCUCUUCAGAUGAUCUCAUUCCACCAUUGGACUUGCUCGAAAUGAUUGUCAACUGGGUUUUUGAGGACCCUCGGUUGAUUCUUAUCACUUUUUUAAAUACUCCAAUAGCAGCCAAUCUCCCAAUAGGCUUUUUAGAGCUCACCCCGCUUACUGGAUUGAUCCGCUGGUGUGUGAAGGCCCCUCUGGCUUAUAAAAGGAAGAAGAAGCCCUCCUUAUCCAAUGGCCACGUCACUGCCAAAGUUCCAAAGGACUCGGGAGGGAUGGACAGAGACUUCCACCUCUUGUACUCGAAACUCCACCUCAGCGUCCUGCAGGUGCUCAUGAUGCUUCAGGUGCACUUGACUGAGAAGAAUCUUUAUGGGCGCCUGGGACUGAUCCUGUUUGACCACAUGGUCCCACUGGUCGAAGAGAUCAAUAGACUGGCAGAUGAACUGAACCCCCUCAAUGCCUCCCAGGAAAUUGAGCUGUCUCUGGACCGUCUCGCACAGGCUUUACAGGUGGCCAUGGCCUCUGGAGCCCUGCUGUGCACACGAGAUGACCUGAGGACCUUAUGCUCCCGGCUGCCCCACAAUAAGGAGGCAGCGAUGGUGGUGCACAGCGGGAUCCGUGUGGCCGCCUCGCUCCGGGGGAAGAAUUCCAACUUUGCUACUUCCUGCCUCUCUGACCUUGGGCAAGUUCCUGCCUCUCUGACCUCGGGCAAGUUCCUUAUCUCCUGCUGCACCUGUUUUCCCUAGAAAUAGAUUUUUUUCUUUCUCUAGAAAUAGAUUUUUUUCUAUUGAGAAAAUAAUAGUGACCUGUUCAAUGCACACCGCCCCCUCCGCCCCGCCAUAUGAUUUUUGUGAGACUUAAAUGAGUGAAAACACCGAAAGCACUUACAACAGUACUUGGAUGUAGUAUCUACUAAGUGUGACUACUGCCACUUACUUUACUAACAGGCAUUUCAUUUAAUCUUAUUCACUGAACCUAAGAGCAAAAGACUGUGUGCCCAAAAAUGUCCCAUGCAAAUGCGGCAAUACUAGUAGCAAAACCCCAGAAGUAGCCCUGUCUCCAGCGUGGGAUGCUUAGUAAGUAGGGACACAUCAGAAGGCUAGAACCGGGUAUCCACUAAAAACAGUCAUUGUGGCCGCUGUGUGGGGAAGUGUCUACAGCGGAGGCCAGACUCCCCUGCACGCUGUAGGUGCGCCUGGGCAGGGUCAUGGAAAGGAACGUGACUGAGUUAAGCCGGUAGGAUGAUUAGGGUUCUUCAAGGACCCCACUAAUUUUUUUUUAAAGAUUUAUUUAUACAAGAGCUGGGGUACAGGCCAGAGGCGCGAGAGGGUGAGAGGAUUCACCAGAGACAGAGCUGGGAGUGGAACAGGCAGAUGGACCAAAAGCACUGCUGAGGGAAGCAGCGGGCGAGACAGGAGAGAUCCGCUGCGCCAUGUGGGAAUCUCCCUGGCUGGCUGGGAAUCGAACCCAUGCUGCAGAGGCUAUAGACAGCUUCACAGCACUGCACUGAACCCACUGCGCCACUGGGGAGGCCCUGACCCCAUUGAUUUUUAACAGGGAUAGUGGGCUCCAUGGCUGCUGUUCGCAGCUGGUAGUUAGCGGGUGGGCGCGCCAGUCUGACUCCAUGGCGCUGGGUGUGCUGCCCUCUGCCCAGGACCUGGCCUGACUCUUCCAGGCCCUAAAGACUGGUGCUACAGGCUGGUACAGAAUCGUGCCUGAUGUGAGGGCAAAGCCUCAGCAAAAUACUGAUUCCCGGGCUGAGCUUAGAAUAGCUCCAACCAGAGGACCAGUGUCCUCUUCCCGUGUUGGGGGCUCGGCAUGUCACUCUGGGGGAAAUGGGCUGCUGCGGUCAGGUGUCUGGGUAGAUAACGAGGACUGAGAUGGUAAAGUGCGUGGUUCCUGGCAGCACAGAGUGUUUGUGCCUGAGCUGUUACAGCACAGAGUGGACAGCUUGUGCAGAGCAGCCACACCCUCCUUUUUUUCUGGGUUCCAUCAAAAUUCCUUGGCAUCUCAGGACAUUGUCUUAUAAGUUAGCCCUUGUCCCCCACUCUUGGCAAUAAUCCCUUCUUACUGCAGUUUUUAUUUAAUGUUUAAUAUUUUCAGGGUAUUUAAAUGAUGACAGGUUGUAAAUCCAUUAUCCCAAUAAUAUAAUCCCUCUAGAACAUCUUAACAGCCCCUUCUAGCCCUACCUUAAUGCUCUGACUCUGCCCUCCAGGCCUGACUCCGCCCUGCAGGCUGUGACCCUGCCCUCUGGAGCCUGUGGUUGCCUCUCCUGAGGCAAGUCCAAGGCCUCCUGGGGGCAGCCUCUAACUGAUGUGGGUAGAGAGAAGACAUAUAGUUGCUGGGAAUACUUCUCUGAAUUCUGAUUGUCUCAUUGGUGUUAAUUGUGUUUCCCACUAGACCAGAAACUUCUUGAAAACCCUUCUAUCUCUGGGAGGCUAUGUAGAUUCAAACAAAUGUGACCUAAAUUUUGCAUCUGUAAUAAUUCCUCCUAAACCAACUUGUUUAGGAAGGUUGGUUGCAGGGAGUAGCAUGAAGGAACUAGUGAGCAGGGGUUCUGAAGCUGCUUGGCGUAAGAGUAGAGGGUGUAAGGGGGAGGGGAGUGGCCCAACAGUGGUAGGACUGAUCUAGGCCCGGGCCAUUUCUGAGGGUGGGGCCUACACUGAUGCCCGGUCAGGAGAUCUGAAAGGUCUGCUUUCGUGUGGCUUUGCUUAGAAUUCAUCUGGAACUCAGUCGUGAAGAAUGAUGCGUAGAGAACUGGCCUGCUGCCCUGUCAGCUGAGGCUCCUCAGCCACAGCGUUAUAUGAGUGGACAGUUGAAACUGAGGCACAAACCACCCAUCGUGGUCCCCAUGCCACUGAGAGUGAGGGCAGGCUGUGUUGUCUGCCUCGUCACCUGGGGAUCCUGGCUUUUCCCUCUGGUGGCCCCUGCUGUCUCCUCUGCCUGGGCCCUAGUCUGAAUCCUGCCACCUCAGGGGUUUACCUGCUGCUGGGCCCCAGGCACAGGCCUGUGUCCUUCCUGUGGAAUCUGCAUGUUCUGCGCCUCCACCUGGUAUCUUUCCUGGUGCAAGUGUGAGGCCGCCACCCUUCUCUUUUCUCCCCCAUGGCACAGCCAGUAGGGGGACAGGCCAGCCCUGAUGCCACAUGUUGGUGAGCCUUGUCACUGCCAUCAGUGUGUCCUCACCCGUCUCCUUAUAU